UGAACUACUACAAAAUGACCAUUAUACAGCAAGAAUAAGAAAAUACUGACAUGAACACACUUGCUGGGGAUGCCACAGACAGCUUACUGAAACGCCAUAAACCUAUGGAAUUCUGGUACUUCGGUCCAGUGGUUCUGGCAAUUGUUAUGUUUCUAUUGAUGGGCACAAUCUUCGAGAGGAGGAUAGAAGCUCUCUAUCAUCGACUCAUCAACCACCGCCAAGCGCAUUUACUACAGCGUGAGAAUCACGACGAAGCAAGUGGACCAGGAAGUGGACCAGCCACUUCUACGCAGGCGGCCAAAACUCCUUCACAAAGAACCUUAAACGGUGGCAAAGCUGCCAGCACUUCAGCCGAAGCCGCUCCACCGCAAAUACCAACAACAAACUAAUGU